CCCCGCCAGCGCUAUAUAUACCGCGCGCCGCCGCCUCCCCGGACAGUGAGCGCGAGCUGAGCUUCACAGCACUUCGGCUGGAUUCACUCCUUUACAGGACUUACUCUUUCUGCACUUUUUUAUCUUUUGGAUACAACCUUUGAUUAAAAUAAACAUGCCUGUGUCCAGAAUGCGUAUGCGACCCUGGCUGGAGAGCAGAAUCGACUCCAACACCAUCGCCGGGCUCAUGUGGGUCAACAAGGAGGAGAAGAUGUUCUCCAUCCCGUGGAAACACGCAGCUCGGCACGGCUGGGAGGUGGAUAAAGACGCCUGUCUGUUCAAGCAGUGGGCCAUUCACACAGGUAAAUACAAGGAGGGAGAAACCCAUCCCGACCCCAAGACCUGGAAGGCCAACUUCCGCUGUGCCAUGAACUCACUCCCAGACAUCGAGGAGGUGAAGGACAGGAGCGUGAACAAGGGCUGCGGCGCGGUCAGAGUCUACCGCAUGCUUCCCGCCAUCGCCAAGAAGAAGAUGAAGAGAACCAAGAGCCGCGACAGCCGCAAGCGCAAGAUCAAGAUGGAGGACAUGGACGUUCACGAGAUGCACUCAGAAAUGACCCAGGAGAACACCAUCGACAGCACCGUCAAUCUAAGCUCCUCCAGUCCGUCUGCAGACACCCCAGCGUACGAGGUGGAGAUCUCCCACUGUCUUGAAGACCAGUACACGUGCAAGUUCCAGGUGUCUCCGGUGCACUCCACAGACCUGGAGGAGAACGAAGCAAUCAUUGAGAUCUCACGGCAAUUGGAGCGUGAUAGCACGCAGUGGCUGCAGAGCAACCUAUUUCCAAAGGGGUUUCUGGCCAAUGAAGUAGCCACAACAGAUUCUCUGAGCCCAGAGAGCCAGUGGAGCAAUAGCUCAGGAGAGGAGCUGGAGUUUCGACUCUACACUGAACUGACCCCUGACCUCCCGGACGACUCUCUCUGCACCUACACCGAGCUCAUGAACAUCAGCUCCAUGCCACAGACCAUGUGUCCUCUCUGAGGGGACGGCUUCUCUCUCAUGGACAUUAACUCAAACUCGUACCUCAGUCUCAGUCUCGCUCGUCUGGAUUCUGCUGAUUCGUGGACGGACAGAAAGACUCUCUGAAUGGAAGCAGAUGACGUGUAUCCUCGUGUAAUGUGACAUGGAGCCAUUCCGUUACCAGCUCGUCAUGGCAGGGCUUUCCUCACCCAUGGGAUAUAUAUAUAUAUAUAUAUGUAUAUAUGUAUUUUCACAUGUAUCAGAUGAGAGCGUGGGAAGGGGUUCUUCACUGUACAUACUGUAAAUAUUUAUUUGUAAUAAAAAAAACCUAAAUGAG